AUGCUGGUCGCGGCAAAACGCCCACCAUCGCAGUCUGCGGGAGAUGCGGCGCAACAGUCGGUGCGUGGAUAUGUGAUGGGCACACACCCGGCACGUAUACCAGGAGAAAAUCCACCGUGGGAGUCUAAUGCGAUACCAACUAGCUUCUUCCCUUGGAAUGAUGUCAAACGUGAAAAUGGAGCUAUGGCAACAUCUUAA